UUCUGUUUGCUGCAACCAUAUACUUAGUCUGAUCCGCAUUCUCCGUGGAUUUCUUCUGGCAGGAAGACUCGUCAUGCUCCGCACAGUUCUUUCCCGGGGUAUUACUAGCCUGAUCCGACCCUCAGUCUCCUACUAUGGGACCGCUAUUCCGGUUCCGAGCGCUCAGCCUGAGGUCCAUUUCAACAAGCUGUUUAUUAACAAUGAAUGGCAGGAAGCUGUGAGUGGGAAAACCUUUCCUACGAUCAAUCCAUCCACUGGAGAAAUCAUCUGCCAAGUUGCAGAGGCUGAUAAGGCAGAUGUAGAUAAGGCAGUGAAGGCCGCACGUAACGCCUUUAGGCUGGGCUCACCUUGGCGCCGUAUGGAUGCGUCUGAUCGGGGCAGACUUCUUUACAAAUUAGCCGACGCUAUUGAAAGAGAUUCUGCCUACCUCGCUGAACUGGAGACCUUGGACAACGGGAAGCCGUAUGUCAUUUCCUAUAUGGCUGAUUUACCCUUGGUUGUGAAAUGUCUCAGGUACUAUGCAGGUUGGGCAGACAAGUGGGAGGGGAAGACCAUCCCUGUUGAUGGAGAUUACUUCACCUAUACCAGACAUGAACCUGUUGGAGUCUGUGGACAGCUAAUACCUUGGAACUUCCCUCUGGUGAUGCAGGCCUGGAAACUUGGGCCAGCCUUAGCAACUGGUAAUACUGUCGUGAUGAAAGUAGCUGAGCAAACACCACUCACAGCACUCUAUGUGGCCAGUCUUAUUAAAGAGGUUGGAUUUCCUGAAGGCGUGGUCAAUAUCUUGCCUGGAAUGGGACCAACAGCUGGUGCAGCCAUUGCCAACCACAUGGAUGUUGACAAGGUGGCCUUUACUGGGUCCACAGAGGUGGGUCAUCUGAUCCAACAGGCAGCAGGCAACAGUAACCUGAAGAAAGUCACAUUAGAACUGGGAGGAAAGAGUCCAAAUAUCAUUCUGUCUGAUGCCAACUUGGAAAAUGCUGUGGAGCAGUCCCACAUUGGCCUGUUUUUCAAUCAAGGCCAGUGUUGCUGUGCUGGCUCUCGAGUUUUCGUCCAAUCAGAUGUCUACGAUGAGUUUGUGGAGCGCAGUGUGGCACGUGCUGAAAGAAGAGUGGUGGGAGACCCGUUUGACUUCAAGACUGAGCAGGGCCCUCAGGUAGAUCAGGAGCAGUUCAAAAAGAUUCUGGGCUACAUCAGCAGUGGGAAGAAAGAAGGUGCCAAACUGAUGUGUGGAGGAGGAGUGGCAGCAGACAGAGGCUACUUCAUCCAACCUACGGUGUUUGGAGAUGUCCAGGACAACAUGAUCAUUGCCAGGGAGGAGAUUUUUGGUCCAGUGAUGCAGAUCUUUAAAUUUAAAACACUGGAGGAGGUUAUAACCAGAGCCAACGACACCAAAUAUGGACUUGCAGCUUCAGUUUUCACAACUGACAUUGACAAAGCGAACUAUGUGUCCAGUGGGCUCCGGGCUGGCACAGUCUGGAUAAACUGUUACAACGUGUUUGCUUCCCAGGCUCCAUUUGGAGGCUACAAAGCCUCAGGUAAUGGCAGAGAGUUGGGAGAGUAUGGACUGGAAGCCUACACAGAAGUUAAAACGGUGACAAUCAAGGUGCCACAGAAGACUUCUUAAACAUUUUCCUGGAAACCUGAGGCAUGCUGAGAGGAAAAGUUCAACUGUGAUUUUUGAACUGUUUUGGAUUAUUCUGCUUUCUAAUAAAUAUUUGCACAGAAAUGAAAUAAAAACUGUACAAUGGA